UAUCUCGCGUAAAACAGCGAGAGCAUUAUUCGCAGCGACAUCUAUUCGCGCUAAAAUUAUCGACCAUGAUUUGAUGAUAUGUUUUCGAAUAUAUAAUUCCGGUUUGCAUCAGCAUCUUAGAUGCAUUAAUAACUUAAUUGCUUAAGUGUGCAGACAAACAAACCACAGAAUGCCUGGACACCUAAAGUAUAUCGAAGUAGACAAUUUUAAGUCCUACAGAGGCAAACAAAAGAUUGGACCUUUCAAGAGAUUCUCUGCCAUCAUUGGACCAAAUGGAUCUGGAAAAUCCAAUUUGAUGGACGCCAUCAGUUUUGUACUCGGAGAAAAGACAUCAAAUUUGAGAGUAAAGCGUCUUGGUGAUCUCAUACAUGGAGCUCCCAUUGGGCAGCCAGCCUCCAACAAAGCAUCUGUCACCGCUGUCUACACAGGAGGAGAAGCGGACGACCAGGAGUCGACAGAUAUACACUUUACCAGAGUCAUUCAUGGCUCCAGUUCUGACCACAAGAUUAAUGGAAAGACGGUUACAUCCCAACAGUAUGCUGCUGAGCUGGAGAAAAUCGGGGUGUUAGUGAAGUCCAAGAACUUCCUGGUGUUUCAAGGGACAGUAGAGAGUAUUGCUAUGAAGAAUGCCAAGGAGAGGACACACAUGUUUGAGGAAAUCAGCAGAUCGGGUGAAUUAAAAGAAGAGUAUGAUCAUGCUAAAGCAGAGAUGUUGAAGGCCGAGGAGGAUACUCAGUUUAACUACCACAAGAAGAAGGGCAUUGCUGCUGAAAGGAAAGAGGCCAAACUAGAAAAAGACGAAGCAGAGCGCUAUCAGAAACUUAAAGAACAACUUAGCGAAAAACAAAUGGAGUUACAGCUCUUCAGACUGUUCCAUAACGAAAGAGACAUUGAUGAAAUGUCAGAUGAGCUCAACAGAAAGAACAGUUUGCUGGAGAAGGAAGUGCGCAAACGAGAAAGGAUUGAAGAAGAAGUAAAAGAAAAGAAAAAAGAUCAAGGAAAAAUAACCAGAGAAUUAACAAAAAUCGAACAGCAAUUGAAAGAAUCGGAAGUAGAGCUGAACAAGAAAAGACCAUUAUACAUUAAGGCGAAAGAAAAGACGUCACAUAUGAUCAAGAAAUUAGAUUCUGCAAAAAAAUCCUUAAAACAAGCAAAAAAGACCCAUGAUAAUCAUGAACAAGAGAUCCGAGAAUUGGAGCAGGAGUUGGAUGAGGUAGAGAAGAAGCGACAGGAAUUUGAGGAGAGGAUAGAAGAAGAAUCCCAGUCCCAGGGCAGAGAUCUCGAUCUGGAGGAGUCACAGGUACAAGAAUAUCACCACCUAAAAGAGGAGGCAAGCAAGCGGGCGGCGAGGAAUACUCAGGAGAUGGAUUCAAUAACUCGUGAACAAAAAUCUGAUCAAGACAGAUAUGACAAUGAAAGCAGAAAAAGAAAUGAACUUAUAUCUAAAAUAAAACAAAAAGAAAAUGAAAUGGAGGAAAACCGAAAACGAGCAGAGAAGUUAAAUGAAUAUAUAAAGACAAGUAACAAUGCAGUAGCAGAGCAGAGACAGUUGGAGGAGAGUAUGUCAGAAGAUGUAGACACUGCCAACCGUAGGAUUGAGGAGAUCAAUGACGAACUAGCCUCUGUAAUGGACCAGUUAGGGGAGGCGAAAGUAGACAAACACGAAUCUGCCCGAGCCACAAAGAAAAAAGAACUUCUCAACAACCUGAAAAGACUCUUUCCAGGAGUGACAGGACGGUUAAUUGAUCAGUGUGAGCCGAGUCACAAGAAGUACCAGGUAGCUAUCACCAAGGUACUUGGUAAAUACAUGGACGCCAUUGUGUGUGACUCCGAGAAGACUGCCAAGGAUUGUAUCCAGUACAUGAAGGAGCAACGCAUUGAUCCAGAGACCUUCCUUCCUCUCAACUAUUUAGAUGUUAAACCAGUCAAUGAAAAACUCAGAGAAUUUUCUGAGCCUCGUAACGUGAAGCUGGUGGUGGAUGUGAUUCGGUAUGACCCACCUGUGGUGAAGAAGGCCCUUCUUUUUGCCUGCGGUAACUCUUUGGUCUGUGAGACAGUGGAGGAUGCCAGAAGGGUGGCGUUCGGGAAACAAGAACGACACAAGUCAGUGGCAUUGGAUGGAACACUUUUCCAGAAAUCUGGUGUCAUCUCUGGCGGUGCAAGUGAUUUGAAGGCCAAAGCCCGUCGAUGGGACGAGAAACAGUUGGGACAGCUGAAGAGCAAGAAGGAGAAACUGUCCGAGGAGCUCAAGGAACAGCUGAAGAACAAGAGGAAGGAAUCUGAGCUAAACACCAUUAGGUCACAGAUUAAGGGUCUGGAGACUCGACUCAAAUACUCCAUCACAGACAGAGAUAACACUCUGAACAAACAUCUCACACAGAAUGAGAAGGAUCUCAACACAUACAAUGAGAUGCUCAAGUCUUUUGAUCCGAGGAUACAAGAGAUAGAGCGUCGUAUGUCGGAGCGGGGUGAAAAGUUGAAGAUUCUCAAGGAGAGAAUGGACAGGGUUGAAGACGAGGUGUUCAUGACGUUCUGUAUCCAGAUUGGUGUCGAGAACAUCAGGCAAUAUGAAGAACGAGAGCUUAGAGUACAACAGGACAGAGCAAAGAAGAGGCUUGAAUUUGAGAAUCAGAAAUUCAGAUUACAAAACCAAAUAGAAUUUGAAAAAUCCAGAGACACCAUUGCAAACGUGAAAAAGUGGGAGAAAGCUUACCAGAACGAUGAAAAAGAAUUAGAAAAAGUGAAGAACGACGAAGCUCGCCAUAUGAAGGUUAUUGAUGAAGAAAUGCAGACACAGGAACGGUUAAAACAACAAAGGGUGACGUUCAAGUCACAAGUGGAAGACGAGGAGUCGGAUAUAAACGAGGUCCGGAAACGUCUGUCUGCACAGCAGAAGGAGAUAAGUGCUGCUCAAAAACAGAUCAACUCUGUGGAAACCAAAUUAGAGCAGAAGCGUGCUGACAGACACAGUUUACUGAAAGCUUGUAAGAUGGAUGACGUACAGAUACCGUUAAAGCGGGGUACGUUGGAGGACAUCAACCGCGAAGACGAGCCGUCCAGUCAGCCAGAUGGCAGUCAGGACACGCCCCUAGACAGUAUGAGUAGUCAAGGGGCUAAAGCAAUAUACGCGCGAGAGGCCCACAUCCUCCUCGACUACAGCGGUCUGGAUGAUGAUGACAAGGAGCUGGAAAUGGCAGACGAGGUGAGAAAGCGUGACAAUCAAUACCAGAAGGCUGUGGCUGACAUGCACACCACUAUACAGAGGAUUAACGCACCCAACAUGAAGGCCAUGGAAAAACUUGAUGGUGUAAGAGAAAGAUUCCAGGAGACUUCAGCAGAAUUUGAAGAUGCCAGAAAAAGGGCAAAGAGAGCCAAGCAGGCAUACGAGAAAGUCCGCAAAGAGAGAUACGACAGAUUCAUGCACUGCUUCGAGCAUGUGGCCACUAGAAUUGACGAGAUCUACAAGUCGCUGGCCCGUAACCAGAGUGCCCAGGCUUUCCUUGGGCCCGAGAACCCAGAGGAGCCUUACCUGGAUGGUGUUAACUAUAAUUGUGUUGCUCCCGGAAAACGAUUCCGGCCCAUGGACAACUUGUCUGGAGGAGAGAAGACUGUAGCUGCUCUUGCUCUGCUGUUUGCAAUUCACAGUUACCAGCCAGCCCCGUUCUUUGUACUGGACGAGAUUGAUGCUGCUCUAGACAACACUAACAUAGGAAAGGUGGCCUCAUACAUCCGUUCCCAGUCUGAAGUAAGCUUCCAGUGUAUUGUGAUCUCACUGAAGGAAGAGUUCUACAACAAAUCUGAUUCUCUCAUCGGAAUCUACCCAGAGGUGGGAGACUGUGUGAUAAGUCAUGUAUUAACAGUUGACCUCAACGAUUACCCAGAAUCCCAGCUAGGCGACGACGAGGACAGUCCCAGCAAGUCGCGGUAGUUGACACUUUGAGAAGAAUAUAUUUUAUGUAUAGUGCAAAUUCUAUUGUUUUACUGUGUGUUUGCUUAAACACAAACUUCUGUGAAACCUUGUUAAGACUGCCCAGCCCUUCGUGUCGAGGUGGCAAGUUGGACUUAAAUCCUUCCCUGCAUUUCACUUGACUUUCUACGAGACCACAUGUUGUUUUCCUCAGUUUGAGCUAAACAAUUGGUUCACAUGUGUUAUGAGGUGUCAUCUGGGUCAGUUCAAUAAAACACCCAUUUCAUUUAUACCAAAAGUCAUACACAUGUUUUUGUUCAGAGAUGCAUAAAUCAUUUCACUGUAUAUAGAUAUUUUUAACAACAUAUUUUAUUUAUCAGCAAUAUGGAACAAACUAGUUGUUAGUGAAUAUGUGUUUUAUAGUUUUAUCAAUGUUGUAAAUACACAAGAAAAGUUGGAUCGUUUUGUGUCCUUGCCACUUUUAAGUUCAUUGUUCAUUUCUCUGUUCAGACUCUUGCUGGCUAGUAAGCAUGUAAGUGUCAAACUGUUAUAUCAUCAGGAAGAUACCUAAUGUUACAGCUGUAUGCGGAUAGGCUACUUCAGCAAAAUAGAUUGUUUAUGGAAAGGUUAGUAAAGUUGUGCCAUUACAUCAUUUGUCUGUCAACUUACCCUGUAUAAUAAUAUCAGCUUUCACAAUAUUUUCUGUAUCCGCCCCAAAGUCAUGUGGAAACAUUUGACAAACAUAGGUAAUAGCUUAAGAAUUGUUAUUAUGAUUCUCAGUUUCAAUAAUUUUCAGGAUAGAUUUUAUUAAAGACAUGUAUGUAUACUUUUACCUGGUCAGACUCGGACAACAGAGACUCGUGUUUGUAUUAGCUAACAUACUCUGUACAAAUGUUUUAUCUGUUUAGAGUUUUACAUGUCGAUGUAAGUAUAUGUUAUUGUUGGUAGAGUCUGGCUGACAUUAAUGUACACAGAGCGUUAUGUCUUUUUCACAUCUAUAUCCAUCAAUCAUCUUUGUUUAUCAGCUAGAGAGUUAUAAGAAGAGUUACGGUAGCUGUGUGUAUUCGUUGUACUUGUUUAUGUUGACUAUUCGUUACAUUUCAUUGCUGAUAUUAGUCUAUGAUCCCGCUGUGCUGAUUCGGUAUGACAUUCUUGUGGUUUUUGUUCAUCAUUAUCACAAACCAUAUGGUCAUUUUGUUUUUAUCAUUGAACCAGAUUCAGAUUAAACCAAGAGAGGGAGAGAAUAUUUUUGAUAUUUAAAUCGUGAACAAACCAUAAGCAUCGUAAUUCAUAAUUUCUCGAGUUGAAAUACAUUUAAUUAAACAGGACGAUAACAUGUGAAAGUGAAGGAAAAUCUAUAGCAACAUAGGUUGAUUCAUUAUUAUUGUAUAUUUAAAUUAUGUUAUUGACAAUUCUUUCAGGAGCUAAUUUGAUUGGUUGCCUGGUUUCAUCACUGUGCUCCAUCAAAGUAGAUAUUUUAUGUUUAAUUCUUCAUCAUGGUCAUUGAUAAUAAAUUAAUUUGUAAAAUUG